GCAGGAACUAUGGGUAGUGGGCGGGGCCCGGGUGAUUCGGAACGCCGGGCGGACGGUGUGGUUCAGCCAGGAGGUCUUUAGGAUGUUGGCGCCCGUCGUGUACGUGGCAGUGGCGGCUCUGCUCGUUGGCCUUAUCCUCUUCCUGACUCGCAGCCGGCGCGGGGUGCCAGAAGCUGAUCAAGAGCUACACCGCAAUGAGGAGACGCCAGGAGUAGCAGCCCGAGGGGGCCAGUCAAGGCCCCUGGAGGCAGAGGAGCAGAGAGCUGGAGGCAGACCCCGCCGCCGGAGGGACCUGGGCAGCCGCCUACAGGCUCAGCGUCGAACCCAGAGGGUGGCUUGGGCAGAAGUGGAUGAGAAUGAGGAGGAAACUGACAUCCCAGCUCAGGAAGAAGAAGACAUUGAGAAGCCAGCAGAAACUCACCCGACAGGGAAAAUUGGAGCCAAGAAACUACGAAAACUAGAAGAGAAACAGGCGCGAAAAGCCCAGCGUGAGGCAGAAGAGGCUGAACGAGAGGAGCGGAGGCGCCUGGAGUCCCAGCGGGAGGCAGAGUGGAAGAAGGAGGAGGAGCGGCUCCGCCUAGAGGAGGAACAGAAGGAGGAAGAGGAGAGAAAGGCCCGGGAGGAGCAGGCCCGGCGGGAGCAUGAGGAGUACCUAAAACUGAAGGAGGCUUUUGUGGUGGAGGAGGAAGGUGUGGGCGAGACCAUGACUGAAGAGCAGUCCCACAACUUCCUGACAGAAUUCAUCAACUACAUUAAGCAGUCCAAGGUUGUGCUUUUGGAAGAUUUGGCUUCCCAGGUGGGCCUGCGGACUCAGGACACCAUAAAUCGAAUCCAGGACUUGCUGGCUGAGGGGACUCUAACAGGUGUGAUUGACGACCGGGGCAAGUUCAUCUACAUAACCCCAGAGGAACUGGCUGCUGUGGCCAACUUCAUCCGACAGCGGGGCCGAGUGUCCAUCACCGAGCUUGCCCAGGCCAGCAACUCCCUCAUCGCCUGGGGCCAGGAACCCCCAGCCCAGGCCCCAGCCUGACCCCAGCCUGACCCCAGCCUGACCCCAGCCCUUCCCUCUUGACUCAGAACUGGUGUGGUGUGUCUGGACAUAUGUCUUCACCCUUCCCACCAUGCUGGGGCAGUGAUGAAGUGUGGCUAGGAAGUUGCAGAUUAAAGGCCUGAGAGCACUGCUGAGCUUGGUCUGACUUGGUGUGGCAGAUGGCCUGGCCUGGGAUCUCAGAUGAGCAGGUGAGAUCCAGACCUCAGAGUAGAGUUGAGAGAUAAGGAGGGUCCCUUAUAAGCUGGUUGAAGUCCCAUUUUCAUCAUUUGUAAAAAAACCUAUUGUGAACUUACUAUGUUGUUUUGUGCCCUGUAAGCCCAGCCCCCAAAGUAAAAAUGGGGAGAGCUUUUUUUUUUUUUUUGAGGCUAGGUCUCCCUAUGUAGUGCAGGUUGGCCUCGAACUCAUGGUGAUGCUCCUGCCUCAGCCUCCUAAUGGCUGGGACUACAGGCAUGUACCACCAUCCCAGCUGGGGAGAGCUCUUAGGCCCACGCCAUCCUUUACUGUGCACAGAAGUCUCAUGAGUCAGGAGCUCUAGGUAGGGCUGAGAGCCAUGGGGAGAAGAGUUAAUGAGAGGUACAACGGUAGAGUCUUAGGAAGAAGCAGCCUUUGAGGGAGCCAAGAAGGGAGUCAGUGAAGGAGGGAGGCUAGCCAGCUACUUGCAGGGCAGGUAGAGGAAGAGGAAGGCUGACUUCAGCUGAGUGUAGUUGUAUAGGGGAAGGACAUGGUUCGUGUGGCACAUCACUUGAGUUCAGCUCUCUAGCCUUGACAGAAACAUCUUAAAUGGUGUAGGUGAUUCCACCCCACUGGUGGCUGUGAGGACCAUAUGCUCAGGAGUGGGUGUGAUGAAAGAUGUGUGUCUCCUGUAGGGUCAGUCACUCUAGUUCUUUGGGCUGUUCAUGGUGUGAGCAUCCUGCUGGGCUGAAGCACAUGUCUAAACAUGUAUUCUUUAUGCAUGGUAACCCUGAAACACAAACCACCUACCUCCUUUGGUGCCUGGAGGGGAAGGCAGCUUUCUGUUCCUGUCCAGGAGGAAACUACGGAUAGGUGAUGGGGAAACAGUAUGUCAAGGUCCAGAGCCUUGUAGAAGUGUCAAGAGUGACUUUUGACUCCUGUGGUGCUAUAAGCAUUGAUGUGGAACCUAACUCCAGGUGAGGUGUGACUGCUAAUUCCAGCAACGGCAACCAUUUGAGUUAGUGUGUGAAGAGCUGCAUGCAUUGUUUGGAAGGCCAUCUGGGUUGCAGGAGAGGGAGGAAACAUAACCACAGUGUGAGGCAGGAACAUAAAAUUACAAAGGGAAAGUAGAGAUGACUUAUAGUUAGGUCAGUGUAUCUCAGUCCUGGUUAUUCGUUACAGUCACUUGGGGCGUUUUCCAUAGUCUCACGCCAGCUCCGUGUAGGAUCAGUUAAAUCCGAAUCUCUGGGGGUAGGAUCAGAACAUAUCAGUCGGAGAUUGUAGAGGGCAGCCAAGGUUAGAGCCCAGGAAUGAAAGGUGGGGGUAGGUAGAAAGGCAGGUGAUAAAGCUAUAAGUAUUAAGAUCCCCAGCAGAAGGGGUUUCUUGCAGAGCAAGAUAGCAGCCCCAGGAACUCUGUCCUUUCCCCUCAGCCAUCCUCCUGCGCUGUCUAGGUGGUAUGAUGCCUAAAGCAGCCCCAGGCCCAGCAUCCCACCUUCAGGAUGAUGCCGAAGCCUCUGCCACUGAGUCACAACCCAAAGCUAGAAAUUACUUUAAGUGUUUGUAUAUCUUAAAAAGUAGACACAUAUGGUAUUAUAAUUAUUGCAUUACUGAUUUGUACAUGUGACACUAGAACUAAUUAUAAAUAUUUCAGUACUAUGGA